GGAAGGAAGCUGGGAAGAAGUGAGCGAGCGAGCGGGGGCGCGAGGCGUUUACCUGGAGGCAGCGGCUUGGGCGCGCAGAGCGGCCGCGGCUCCCCCGCACCUGCGGCCAUGGAUGAGGAGCGCGCCCUCUACAUCGUCCGGGCCGGCGAGGCGGGGGCUAUCGAGCGGGUCCUGAGGGAUUACAGCGAUAAGCAUAGGGCUACUUUCAAAUUUGAAUCAACAGAUGAAGAUAAAAGAAAGAAACUCUGUGAAGGCAUAUUUAAAGUCCUUUUAAAGGACAUCCCAACAACAUGUCAAGUGUCCUGCCUGGAAGUUCUCCGCAUUCUCUCCAGAGACAAAAAGGUUUUAGUUCCUGUAACAACUAAGGAAAAUAUGCAGAUACUGCUGCGACUAGCCAAGCUAAAUGAGUCGGAUGAUUCUUUGGAGAAGGUGUCAGAGUUCCCAGUUAUUGUGGAGUCAUUAAAAUGUCUUUGUAACAUAGUGUUCAACAGUCAGAUGGCACAGCAGCUCAGCCUGGAACUUAACCUUGCUGCAAAGCUCUGUAACCUCCUGAGAAAGUGCAAGGACCGAAAGUUUAUCAAUGACAUUAAGUGCUUUGACUUGCGCUUGCUCUUCGUCCUGUCACUUUUGCACACCGACAUCAGGUCACAAUUGCGCUAUGAGCUCCAAGGACUACCGCUGCUAACCCAGAUCUUGGAAAGUGCCUUUAGUAUCAAGUGGACCGAUGAAUAUGAAUCGGCCAUAGACCGUAAUGGACCUCCUCUCUCACCUCAGGAGACAGACUGUGCCAUUGAGGCCCUCAAAGCUCUCUUCAAUGUGACGGUAGACAGUUGGAAGGUGCAUAAAGAGGGUGAUUCUCAUCAGUUUCGUGUCAUGGCAGCUGUUCUUCGCCAUUGUUUACUAAUCGUAGGUCCAACUGAAGACAAAACAGAAGAGCUACACAGCAAUGCAGUCAACCUUUUAAGCAAUGUUCCAGUCUCUUGUUUGGAUGUUCUCAUUUGUCCAUUAACCCAUGAAGAAACAGCCCCAGAAGCAACGACGCUAGAUGAACUGCCCAGUGAUAAAACAGCUGAGAAAGAAACAGUUUUGAAAAAUAAUACCAUGGUAUACAAUGGUAUGAAUAUGGAGGCCAUUCAUGUUUUACUUAGUUUUAUGGAGAAGAGAAUAGACAAGGGAAGCAGCUAUAGAGAGGGUCUAACUCCAGUUCUCAGCUUAUUAACAGAAUGUUCCCGAGCCCAUCGAAACAUCAGAAAAUUUCUCAAAGAUCAGGUUUUACCACCAUUGAGGGAUGUGACAAAUCGACCUGAAGUUGGCUCAACUGUGAGAAAUAAGCUGGUGCGCCUCAUGACACAUGUUGACCUGGGAGUCAAGCAAAUUGCUGCUGAAUUCCUUUUUGUCCUUUGCAAAGAGAGAGUGGAUAGCCUGCUGAAAUACACUGGCUAUGGGAAUGCUGCAGGACUGUUGGCGGCCAGGGGCCUCUUGGCUGGAGGAAGAGGAGAUAAUUGGUACUCAGAGGACGAGGACACAGACACUGAAGAAUACAAAAAUGCAAAACCAAACAUUAAUCUUAUCACUGGUCAUUUAGAGGAACCAAUGCCAAACCCCAUAGAUGAAAUGACAGAAGAACAAAAAGAAUAUGAAGCCAUGAAACUUGUCAACAUGCUUGAUAAACUUUCCAGAGAGGAGUUGCUUAAACCAAUGGGACUAAAACCUGAUGGGACAAUAACGCCUUUGGAGGAAGCACUCAACCAGUACUCUGUCAUCGAGGAGACCAGCUCUGACACAGACUAAAAGCAUCACCUGCUCAACUCUCAGUAUUGCUUUUAUCAGCAUCUUUUCUCUGUAGCUCCAGGGGAAUCUUUUCUCUAAAACAUUUAUGCCCUUGCUUUGGCUAGAAACACAUUAACUGGUUUACUCAUUGAGAAUCCAGCAUAUUUAAGAAGUGAUCCUGUGUUUUUGCGAUAUUGAGGCAUUCAUACAGAGCUGCAGUUAGACGGAGUUGCAGAGACUAGGAACAGAAAAAAAAAUAAUUCCAUUUUGUCAAGAUGGAACUGAAGGACUUCACUCUAUAAAGCAGCCCUCGUUGAAUCUGGCAGUUCUGUUUGCCAAGAUUCUUAACAGAAGAUUUAGCCGUGUCCUUCCUCUCACUUGUGUGAGCUGCCCUUUCUGAAUCUCUCCAGAGACGGAGGCAUGUGAGAAGCAGAACGAGCUGCUAAAAAGGGGCUGAGGCAAGUGACUUGUUAGAUCAGGACUGAGUGAAUGGAAGCCAAGCAGCUGCUCCAUAAACAUAGCCCCACUCUUCAUUUCAAUUUUGUAUAAAUCUAUAGAAAUGCACACACACGCACACACACACAACAGCCCCAACAGACUUGCAAACUGAUUACAUUUUAAAAGUUUGUAUGUCAGUUAUCUAGAACUUCAGAAUACAUUUCUCCCUAUAAAGUUAUAAAUGAUGGUUUAGUUCUGAGGCAGCUACAAAUGCCUAUUUAUUCCCUAAUAACCUGAACACUAGUACCAUAGAACUGAACCCCCAUCUAUAUCACUGCAUGGGGAGCAUGCAUUCUGAGGUCUAACCUAGGGGUGCCUCCAACCUGGUAGAGGGAAUGGGGACCCCCUGGGUACGGGGGGUUCUUUUGAGCCCUCUGCUGAGGGUGAGGGAGUCAGCAGCACCCAUUUGUACAUAUAGGUCACUCAUGUCACAUAUUUUAAAUUGGGGACUGUGUGUGCUUGUGUGUGUGUCCUACCUUUCUACCAUAUGUGAUCAGUUUAAUGGUAACUUUAUUUAUUUAAAAAAGAAACACAAAUAGUUACUGUUAAACUGAUUAAGGCUGUUUAUUUUUACUUUUAGAAUUGGUCAUAUGAAGAAGUAGAAAAUGAAUCAUGCAAUAGACAGUGGGCCUAGUUAAUCAAUGGCUAAAGUUGAAAAGGGGUUGGUUUCCUUUUAUAUAUAUAUGUAUGUAUAUACAUAUAUAUAUAUAUACACACACAUAAUGUGCUUAACCACUGCCUUUUAAAACUUUAAAUUAAAUAAAACAUUGGGGUUGAUUCAAUUUAGCUAUCUGUGUGUGUUUCUUUAUAGAUACAUGGGGUAAACAAUCCUAUUUCACAGUUUAUGCUUUUUUAAAGUGCUUUUACAUCUAUUAUCUCACUUAUAAUAAAUAGCCUUUCUAAGGAUAAAGUACAUGAAGUAUUAGUGAAAAUGUCAUUUAUCCAGAAGUCACUUAUCUGGCAAAAGUACAGAUCAAGAAUUCAGUUUUAAAAAGCCUUAGAGCUGCCAAAAGAGAUGGCAAAGUUUCUUACAAUUUAUAGGAGAGAUCCUCAAGAAUCUCACCUUUUGCCUCUUUACUAAAAUUUGCAUAUAUUUCUAACCUGUUUAGUUAUCUGACUUCCAAGCCCACAAAAAAAAUGGCAAAGGAGGAGGCUGUUAGAUGGAAAGCAGACCUACUGAAAGCAGCAAAAAGCCAACUGAAAACCGGAUAGGAACGUGGGGAGAAUGAAAACUACUCAAGGCGUCAUAAGUCUGGGACCAUCUGUUUCCUAAAGGACAUUCUAGUUGACCCAGAAAGUAUCUGUACAGCAGUAUGGCCUAUAAACUAAUUCUCAUAACGAUGACCUUGUGUUUCUUUUAAAAAAUAAGAAUACUCUAUAAAAAGACUAGGAAGAAUACAUUUUAGGAUUUUUUUAUCCAAAAUAGUUGGAGUAUAAGUUA